GUCGCCUCCGCGAGUACAUCAGGAUACACCACUGCCAUUUCAACUGCGCGAGAUUGAUUCUCCGGCUAAACCGUACAAUUACGGCCAAAAAUAAAAAUAAAAUAAAAUGGCGACUUACACCAAGACGUGGAGGAACAAGGUGUGGAUCGGGUGGUUCCUGAUGCAACUCCCGAUCAUUCUCUUUGUCGACCUGCUCGACUACAUCUGGCCCGCCUCCCUGUACCAACCGGCCGGCUCGCCGCUGCACGCGGCGUACGAGCUGAAGGAGUGGUACGUGCAAAAGUACAACGACCCGAUCGUGCAGUGGUCGGCCGAGACGGCGUCGGGCCACGACAGCUGGAUGGGCCUCUUCAUGCACCUCGAGGCCUUCUUCCUGCUGCCCACCGUGCUGUACGGCCUCUACCGCCUGGCCCUCUCGCGGCGGCGCGGCACCUCGGCCGCCGACGAGCUGCUCCUGCUCGUCUACGCCCUCGAGGUCGCCUUCACCACCCUCAUCUGCAUCUACGACGUCUCGUUCCUGGACGAGGCCGCCUACCCGCCCGCCAUCAAGCGCGAGAUGCAGUUCCAGCUUUACGGCCCGUGGUUCGUCGUGCCGGCUCUCGGGGCGAUCGAUAUGGCGAGCCGAAUCCUCGGCCGCGUCAAAGCGGCGGAUGCUGUCUUGGCUGCCAAGCAGUCGCAGUAGGAGGCAAAUCUAAUUAAUUCUCACGGAAAGACGGGCAAGGUCGAGCUCUGCCAAGCCCUUCUUUCUUUGCCUGUGAUUUCGAGAGACAUGACAUGACGGCAGGACUACGCAUUUCCAUAAACAAGCUUCGUUCGGUAGCCAGCAAUAAAAGUCAUUGUCGGAACCCCAACGCC